UACCUGUAGGGUUAAACUCGGGGAGAAACAUCCGUGUUGUAGCAGUUUCCGGAAAAUCAUUGUAGCCUUCCUACAAGAAAGAAAAUGGAAUCCUGAAAUCGCACUUAGCUAAACGGUCAAUCGUUUUUCAGAGACUAUUAAAAGAGCAACUGGGUGGUACGAUUAUACUGCUACUAACAUCACCGAACAGCUGGAUCUUGCUGAAGAUUGGAGAACAUCCCUAGACCUCCCUCCCUUCUGAAUCAAUGGAAGGGUCUGACAGUUUAGAGCAGAAUGGCAGUGACCAGCCAGAGUCACAGCGCAGAAGGCAGCUGGACCGCCUGGACAGGGAGGAGGCCUUCUACCAGUUUGUCAACAAUCUCAGUGAUGAGGACUAUCGCCUUAUGAGAGACAACAAUCUUUUGGGCACUCCAGGAGAAGUAACAGAGGAUGAGCUGUUCAGUAGACUUCAGCAAAUCAAAGAUGGUCCAGAACAGCAGAACAACACCCCCAGUACUGAAAGUGCAGAAGAUCCAGUUGAACAACCUGAAAGCUCUGAGGAUCCUGCCAGUGGGGAUAGUCUCCUGGACUGGCUGAACACGGUGAGGCGCACAGGAAAUACGACCAGAACAGGCCAUCGUGGGAACCAGUCAUGGCGGGCUGUAAGCCAGACCAACCCGAACAGUGGAGAUUUUCGCUUCAGUCUGGAAAUCAGUGUGAACCGCAACCUGGCCGAACAGCAAGCAGCUGCUGAAGGGGAGCAGCAGUCUACAGAGCAGUCUCCAGAAGACACUCCAGAGCAGCCUCCCGAAGAGUCUGCAGAGCAGUCUUCAGAAGGUUCUGCAGUGCUGUCUCUCGAAAACCCUGCACAGCAGUCUCCAGAAAACCCUCCAGAGCAGUCUCCAGAAGAUCCUCCAGAGCAGGCCUCAGAAGACCCUCCAGAGCAGUCUCCAGAAGACUCUUCAGAGCAGUCUCAGGAGGAGUCUCCAGAACAGCUUCCAGAACCGCUUCCAGCGGUUCAGGAAGUUGUGGCAAAUGCUGAACCACAGGUUCCCAUGGAGACCGAAGUCGUGGAAGAACCGGUUGUAGAGGAGCUAGCUGUCAUAGUGGAACCUGAGCCUGAACUAGAAGAGAUUGUUUCACAAGAAGUUUUAGGAGAACCUCCCAGCUCACCUGCUGCCCUGCCAGUACAACCCCCACUUUGUCCUUCUCCACGCAGAGGACAAAGGAGAGCCCGCAGUCGUAGUCCAGAACCACGCAGGACUAGGGCACGUUUAGCCAGAAGCCGCUCCCCUCUCAACUUGGAUCAGCUUGAUGGUCUCCCUAAUCCGCGACAUGCUUACAGCUCUCAAAGCCCCAGUUCUUCCACCAAUGCUUCUCCUGUGCCUCAAGUGGAGGGCAGUUCUCGGACUCGACAACAUGUUCUUUCCAGGCAAAGCACCACAGAAGGUGAUGUUCAGCCAUCUAGGGCUGGUGCAGAAUCGGUCCCAGAGGCCCAAAAUGCUGGAUCUCAGGAAGGAGAAGCUGCUGGGGGGGGAGGAGGAGCUGCAGGACGUCGUCCCCCGACUAUUAUGCUUGAUCUCCAGGUGCGUCGUGUGCGCCCAGGUGAAUAUCGGCAAAGAGACAGCAUCGCCAGUCGUACUCGCUCACGCUCUCAGAACUCCAACAACACAUUUCUUUAUGAGAGUGAGCGUGGCGGAUUUCGUAGGACUUUCUCUCGCUCAGAGCGUGCUGGUGUGAGGACCUACGUCAGCACGAUUCGCAUCCCUAUCCGAAGAAUCUCUGAUGCAGGUUUGGGAGAGGCAACCUCAAUGGCUCUCCAGUCGAUGAUACGACAGAUUAUGACUGGUUUUGGUGAGCUCGGCUACCUCAUGGAUUCAGACUCUGACUCUUCAGAUUCAAACCGUGGAGCAAACACACCUGCGGACCUGGAAGCUCUCAACAACCCAGAUGCUACUGCAGCUGAUGGUCCUGCUGCUGAUGUUGACGAACAACCUGUUGCUGCUGGAGUCAGGGGAAGGACAGUUGAGACUGAUAUGGAUGAAGGCCUUUCCACUGGUCCCCCUGCCUCUGGUGGCAGGGCUCGACCCAGACCACCUAUCAGCCUUGAGGAGCCCAGCUCACUGCCCUUCCUGCGGCUUGCUCACUUCUUUCUCCUAAAUGAUGAUGAUGAGGACCAGCCCCAGGGGCUGACCAAAGAACAGAUUGACAACCUCUCCAUGCGCAACUUUGGUGAGAGUGACGCCUUGAAGACUUGCAGUGUCUGCAUAACGGAGUAUGCAGAAGGGAACAAGCUACGUAAGCUUCCCUGCUCACAUGAGUACCAUGUCCACUGCAUAGAUCGCUGGCUGUCUGAAAACUCCACUUGCCCCAUCUGCCGCAGGGCUGUCCUGGUGUCAGCCAACCGAGAGAGUGUAGUGUAACUCUUAACAGACUUCAGGCCUUUUCUCUCAACCUAAGUAAUCUUAUAUCCCAAGUCCAUAAGAGGCUUUGAGGAAACGUCUCCACUGUUGAAAUGUAUUUCCUUCAUACCAUUUGUGAGUUUGAUCAUAAUGCGGUCACAGGUUUGAUUCGGGGUGCUCCAUACAGUGACAUCGGGACAUAUUCGGUCUCAAGUUGGACAUUUAUUACUGCAGUCCAAAGGUGGGCACAAGCAAUGCAUGCUGUUGAUCAACCUGUAGCAACCAUGCAGUGUUGCAUUGCAUCAAGCCAUGCGUGCAAGCAGGCCUAUAUCUCUUAAAGAAUCCUCUGAUUAUAAAUGCUGCACACCUGCAGGGUAGUUCAGGCACUUCAGAUCAUUUUUUUUGUGUUAGCUCCUAAAUGGCGCCUUAUAUACCAUUAGUUGGUUAUAGGUACUAUUCCUAGUUACACCAGUUCAAAGUAUUAGCUGUAAAUAAGCUUGUAAAAAAAAAAGAUUUUGAAUCAUACUUUGUAUCAGUGAAUUGGUUUUGGAAUGUCAAUUAUCUCAUAUGAAGAUCUGGGUGAUGUUGGCAGCAAUUACUCAGAGCAUCCCUGAAUUUGUUUUUUUUUUUGUUUUUUUUGUUGUUGUUUUUUUUUUAAAGGUUGAAUCAGUGUACACAGCAGAAUCACUUACAGAUUGUGUUGUCCAAAAAAUGUAGGGCAUAAAUUGGUUUGCAAUUUACAGUGUGACUUGCACUCUGUCUUCUUGUUCACCUGAAAGACACAAUUUACUAUUAUGGGGUGGCAUGUACCAUUUAAAAUGUUCAGUGUGUGCUGAAUUCUUUAAAAAAAACACAAGGAUGUUCUAGCAUAAGGGAAACAGAAUUUAAUUAGGUUAUUUUCCGAAGUGCAAAUUUAUUUUGGAGUCAUAUAGCAUUAGUAUUUUCCUGGUCAUUACAAUGAUAAGGAGAUAUUAUCAUAUCAGAAAGUAGGGAUGUCUCAAUAUUGGUAAUUGAUACUGAGUUGAUUUAAAGUUAUGAAUUUCCCCACCUAAAAAUAUACUAACAGGCAUGAUAUCAGAAUUUGAAAUAUAGUUGCUUUUGCUUUUUUCUCCCUUGUCACACAUACACAAAAGGAUAUUCACUUUUUAAUGUACAGUAAUCAUUUGUCCAAUCAUCUGUUAGCUACUUGCUGGAUUCUUUGUUUUUUUCCACUAACUUUAUGGAUUUCUUUAAUUACUGAUUGAUGAAUUAAGUUCUGGUAUUGGCAGAGUGAAGUGACUAGAUUGACCUAAAAAUAAAAUGUAGACUUGCCUUCAUAAGUCAAAGCAGAAUAGUUUUUCUUUACCUGUAAGUCCACUUUGUACAAAAUACAACUUAAGUUAUUAAUCCAAAGGUUUGACUGUUGGACACUUACCAAGUCUGAAAAAAAUUCACAUCGUUGUCCUUUAGUCUUAGCUUCAACAGAAAGUCAAGACGCUUGCCCAUUGUGCCCUCCUUCUGCCUCAUGAGCAAAUGCUCCAUAUCGGUGUGCAAUACAUGCAAAAGUGAAAGUAGGGAAAUACAAACCAUGAUGUAAGUGUAUGAUAUUGUUAAAAGCUGUUGUUUAUGGCUAAGAUCUUAAAUGAAGACUUAAUACCUUUUAUGUGUUGAAGUUCAUUUUAUUUUAUUUAGAAGUUCUGUAGGUUUUAAUAGCACUGUUAAUGAACGGGGGACACUGGCUACAGGGCAUCACUAUUAAUGCCAUCCUGUCAUGUUUCUUGUUUCAUUGUUUGAUGUCUUAGCCACAAUUAUUACCUCCCUUUGUGGGACAUAAAAGUUUGAAUGCAAGACGUUGUUGAAUACCAUAAACAUGUAAAUGAAAUGUAUGUUCCCUCUUAGGCCAUGCUUUCGUUUUGGCCUUGUUCUGUGACCCACCCAGUGCAGUAUGUUAACUGGGUGUUAAAUGAAACUAACCGCUGAAUUAAACAAGUUGUUAUGCUAUGAAA